AUGUCCUUCCUCACAGAUCUACAACAUCCUGACACCGACCUCUUGGUGGGACUGGCCAGCGCACUUCGAGUUUUCAAGUGCGUCGAAUUUGCGGUUCUCUCCGUUCUGCUCUAUGACCAUGCCUUGACCUUUCAUCUUGAGGUGGAACGCAUCUGGCGGAAGCCGCUAUCGGGAGUGUCCAUUUUGUUUCUCCUCAACAGAUACAUUCAACCCAUCCGCACCAUCAUCGCCAUCAUAACGUAUCAUGUUCCUCAUUGGAAUGCAGACACGUGCUUACAUUUUGCUAAAUUUGUCGGAUACUCGCGCAUUAUAACCACCGCUAUAUGUGGCUUUCUGGUGAUCCUCCGCGUCUAUGCUCUGUACUACCGAUCCAAUAUCGUCCUCAUUGUGCUGUCGGUGGUCUGUGCAGCGUACUUAAUUGUAUCCCCGAUCUCAAUAAGCCAGCUGGGAACCUUGCAACAGUCACCCUUCGAGGAAAUCUCUGUCGGCUGCCGUUUGACGGUCCCGACUAAAUGGUUUGUUUCGAAUUGCGUAGGGGCACUCGUCUUUGAUGGCGGGAUAUUUCUCCUCACACUCUGGCGCACCCGAGACUACAUUCGCGCGGCGGACAGACCACCGCUGUUUGACCUCCUCAUCCGUGACGGUACACUGUACUACCUGGUCAUUUUUCUGGCCAAUCUCGUGAGCAUAUUCCUGUACUUCUUUGUCCCAAACAAUCUUGAAUCUAGCGCAAUGCUGCUAGGGGUGGUCCUGACUUCCGUGAUGGUUUCCCGAAUUGUCCUGAAUCUACGCGCCGGGGCACCACCGACUAGAUCCUAUAUGGAGGAUUCACCGACUUACACUAACAAGCGGUCUGCUAUCAUCUUCCGUGCGAUCGAGUCGAAGAUAAUGGGGAACAUGGAAGAGGAUGUGGAUUCCGAGGAGUCAAGAGAAUCAGAUCCCAGUGCGUCCGCGAAACAAAGAGACAGCUUCAUUCGAUCACAACCAUAG